AUGCCCGUCUUUCGUCUCCAACUACAGAACUCAGCAAACUGGGCCCUCUGGCUUGCGGAACUCAGGUCAGACCUCCUGCACAAAAACGACUAUUACUGGGAGAUCCUCAGCGGCGGGUUCAAAAGGCCGAGAGACGAAAAGUCCGACAUCUACAAAGAAUGGAAAAGAAUGGAUAUCUACUUGAUGGAAACAAUGGCAUCCCGGAUAGAUCGAGAUCUCCUCUACCACCUGAAACAAACCAGUCAUGCCUGCGACGCUUUCGAAACUCUAUGCUUUCUUCAUUCCGAUUUGACGCCACAUGCUCAGAACAUGGAUAACCACAUCUCAUCGACCUUCUAUCGUGCUUGGGUCAAGCUCGAGUACUGUGUUGGUCAAGCACCACAAGACUUUGUGUACGCUUUCAAUCUUCUUGCCACUGAGGUCGAUGAGUGGUGCAGUAUCCGUAGUCCGGCAGUGUUUGAGCAGUUCCUAAUCGCUGUUUCGGCUCAUCCUUCCUCGGCGUAUUGGUUUGAAAACUUACGUCGCCAUCCUUGUUCUGAUAGGCAGGUUACGGAAAGAUUCCUUUGCAACUUUGUGGAGUUUGAGAAACAGAGGAUCUCCAACGAAGCUAAACUUUCGUGA